AUGGGUCCCAGCCCGGCGCCCUUUCUCCCCCGAGCCUCUCUCGGGGAGCCGUGUCCGCUAGCUGCGUGCAGGCCCGCCAGCCUGCCGUUCAUUGAACUGGACACGAACCUGCCCUCCAGCAGCGUGCCUGCGGGGCUGGAGAAGCGGCUGUGCGCGGCCACCGCCUCCAUCCUGGACAAGCCCAAGGACCGAGUGAGUGUUACAGUGCGACCAGGCCUGGCCAUGGCAGUAGGCGGAUCCACAGAGCCCUGCGUCCAGCUACUGGUCUCCUCCAUUGGAGUGGUGGGCACCGCUGAGCAGAACCGCAACCACAGUGCCCGCUUCUUUGAGUUCCUCACCAAGGAGCUUCCCCCUCGAUCCUGUAAACCAAAAUAAACUUUUUUUCCCACAGGCUGCUCUUGG